CUUCUUAUCCGCGUGCCUACCUGUAGUUCUCUGCUCUGCCAUUGUGGGGCGCUACAAGCCUUACAUAAUCAUUUACAGCACUGUGAGUUCUCGGUUAUGGUUGAUUCCACAGGACAGUAGAUGCUGCAGAUCUGGUUUGCAGUUAGAGGAAUGUAAAAAAAAAACAAAAGCCAAGUACAAAUGUGUUAUUACCAGAGGGAGCAGUUAGAUUUAUUUUUUUUUGUCAGAAAAAAGGUUUUGCCCUCCUAGAAGCAAAGAAAUGAUUGGCCGUGAAAGAUGGCAGUGACCAUGAAGCUGAUGUUCUUCAGAUUUGGCGUAGUCAUCACUCUCAGUCACACAGACACUGAACUCUUGGUGCUUGGAUCAAGGGCAGAGAUGGGAGCCUGGGACCCGCAGUUUGCCGUACCAAUGAAGCCCACACGAUGUCCUCUGUCCACUAUUGAGCCAUCUCUCUGGGUGGGAGAGGUACUAUUGGAGGAGCCAUUCACUAACAAAUUUUGGUUCAAAUUUAUCAAAAAGGAAGCUGGAGUGUUAAUUUGGGAAGGUAAUGGACCACACCAUGACCGCUGCUGUGUUUACGAGGAAAGUAACAUAGUAGAUGGUGUUUAUUGCGAUCCAAUAGGGCAUUGGAUUGAAACCACUGGACAUACUGGAAUGAAGCACACCACAGACUUCUACUUCCACAUUGCAGAUAAUCAGGCCAUGCAUUUCUCUAGAAUACUGCCUAAUAUAUGGCUUGGAAGUUGCCCUCGGCAGCUGGAGCACAUUACGAUCAAGAUGAAACAUGAAUUAGGAGUGACUGCUGUCCUGAACUUCCAGACAGAAUGGGAUGUUAUUCAGAACUCCAAAGGCUGCAAUAAGUAUUCUGAGCCCAUGAGUCCAGACACCAUGUUCAGGUUAUAUAAUGAAGCUGGAAUUACAUAUAUAUGGAUUCCUACACCUGAUAUGAGUACAGAAGGUAGAGUUCGGAUGCUGCCACAAGCUGUAUAUCUUUUAUUUGGACUUUUAGAAAAUGGCCACACUGUGUACGUGCACUGCAAUGCUGGUGUUGGUAGAUCUACGGCUGCACUGUGUGGUUUUCUCAUGUAUGUGAUUGGUUGGAGUCUCAGAAAAGUGCAGUACUUUCUAGCAUCAAGAAGACCGGCUGUGUACAUUGAUGAGGAAGCCAUGAUGCGUGCUGAGGUAGAUUUCCAUCAGAAGUUUGGUCAUCUCCGUUCUACAGUGUGUAGAAUUUAGUUUAGAGUAGUCACUGCAUUGACUAUAGAGAUUUUUUUGUUUGCUUGUAUACAGUACAUUUGGAAAGUCUUCAGACCCUUUAACUUUUUUCACAUUUUGAUGUGUCGUGGCCUUGUGCUAAAAAAAAAAAAAAGUUUUUCCCUAACCAAUCUGCACUCAUCCCAUAAUGACAGAGGGAAAACAGAAUUUUUCUAAUUUAUUAAAAAGGAAAAACUAAGAUUUCACAUGAACAUAAGUAUUCAGACCUUUUGCUAUGACAUUUGGGAUUUAGCUGUAGCAUUUAUCAU